AUGUCCGCUAGCACCCGAAACAUCCUCAACAAGUUGAUCAUUUGGUCGAUUAACCGUUGCGUCUUGACUUCUGCUGUUGCCAUCAUCGAAACAAUUGUCUUCGUCGCCGUUCCCCAUUCGUUGUAUUACUUUGCUUUCGACUUCAUCAUCGGAAAACUCUACGUCAACUCUCUGUUAGCCGCUUUUAAUUCACGAAAAUCACUGCACGGAUCGGCCGUUGAUACGAGCGAUUUCUCGACCGCUGCUGACGGUUCCAUAGGGUUUCGCGUAGCCACUGCGAUCAGUGCUGAAAAUCAAAACCACAUCAACCUUCGAGUGAGGGUUCCGGGUGAGCCAGAACGCAGAGGUUCGCCAUACCUCGAUGAAGAGGCUGCAGAAAGCAGCUUGGUGCGUCUUUCCUGA